UUAAAAAGAAGACGCUCUGCACAGGUAACACGGUGUGUUAUACAUGGCUACUGUAAAUGUAAAAUGUAAAGCACCUGAAUGUGUUUUGCGUAAUUCUUGCGUAAUUCCCGGAGGGGAAAGGGGAAAAUUUAACACUAGCCCAAAUCUCUCUGUUCCAUUCAGCGUGACCAGCGGAGCGCGUACUCGGAACUUCAGAAAGUAUUAUGUCGGUUUCGACCUACAUUUACUUUCGAUUGUGUGAUCCUAUGAGUCUAUAUAACCGGGCAGAGACUAAUGAGCCUUUCAGACUCUCGCGUCGUGACACCAAGACAAUGGGUCAGAUGAGCCUCUGGUUUAUCGCUGCAAUCAUGGUUGGAGCCAACAAUGCUUAUGGCGAUGAAGUUGACCCCUUACUGAAAUGUCUGGAAGACCCUGACUACGGCAAACUUCUUGACAUUGUAAGAGACGGCCUGCCCCAUGCUAAGACACCGCGACAUAUCGUCAUAGUCGGCGGGGGCGUAGCAGGGCUCACGGCAGCCAAAUAUCUGGAAGAUGCGGGACAUAAGGUUACAAUUAUAGAAGCGAACUACUAUAUUGGUGGAAGGGUAAGAACUUACAGGAAUAAGGAUGAAAAAUGGUAUGCGGAAUUUGGCGCAAUGAGGAUCCCCAAAUUUCACAAGAUUUUGUUGGAAUUAGCGAAGAAGCUCAACGUUAAAUUUAACCCUUUCAUCGAGGAGAACCCCAAUACCUACUAUUUUAUAAACCAAAAGAAGAUCCUCGCGCGCGUGGUGAAGGACAACCCGGACGUACUGAGGUAUCCCGUGGCGCCUCACGAGCUCGGCAAGUCGGCGGCGCAGCUCUUCAGCUCCGCUCUGCAGCCGAUCAGAGAUGACUUGAAAAGUGGAUAUAAAUGCAAACAAGUUUUGAAGAAAUAUGAUUCCUACACUGUACAGGACUACUUGGUGCAGAAGGGCAAUCUGAGCCGCGGCGCCCUGCGCAUGAUUGGGGACAUCCUGGACGAGAACGGCUUUUUCUACACCUCCAUGACUGAGACGCUGUACAUCCAGUCUGAUAUCAGUGAUAACAAUACGUAUGUCGAGGUCACUGGUGGCUUUGAAAAGCUGAUAGAAGCCCUCAAAGACACCCUCAAAUGCAGCAUGUUCAUGAACUCCAAAGUGAAAGCCAUCAGUCACACAAAGAGGAACGUGACUGUUUACUUUGAGAGUGCGGACAAAUCUGCCCUAGAGAACAUCACGGCUGACUACGUCCUGGUGACAACCACGGCCAGGGCCACCCUGCUCAUGAAAUUCCAGCCUUCCUUGUCACCAAGGAAAAUGGAGGCCCAGAGAUCUGUGCAUUACUCUGCCUCCACCAAAGUCAUUCUGAGUUUCAAGGAGAGGUUUUGGGAGAAGGAGGGCAUUAAAGGUGGCAGGACCAUCACCGACCUGCCCCCUCGCUUCAUCUACUACCCCAGCCAUAAUUUCACAGGUGUGGGUGGGGCUCUCCUGGCCUCCUACACCUAUUCGGACGACUCCAACCUAUUUGAAGGAAUAGAGGAGAGUGAGCUCGUAGAAAUGAUGCUGGAAUACUUGGUGGAGAUCCACGGCGAGGAGAUCCGUCACCUAUGCACUGGGGGUGUGGUCAAGAAAUGGAACCAGGACCCGUUCAGCCAUGGUGCCUUCGCCAUAUUCACACCCUACCAGUACAGUAUGUACUCAAAGGCGCUGUUCCAGAACGAAGGCAGGGUCCACUUUGCCGGAGAACACACAGCAAUGCCCCAUGGCUGGAUAGAGACCUCCAUGAAAUCAGCCUUGAGGGCUGCCAAGAACAUCAAUGACAAAAGGAAGUAAGCGGACAGGCGGCUGCAGCGGCCCGAGGGACGUCAUUCUGCUGCUGGAGU